AUGAUUCGGAAUGGCUUACCAAGAGCCACAUUAUACACUCGCUAUGUAUGUCUCCGGAGAGACCAUGCCUGCCGCAAAUUCAGCAAGUCUCCCGCCUUGAAUUGGCCCCAACAAUGGCACAAGCCCACCAUUCAACCAACACCCUGCCUACCAUCACUACGGACCUAUUACCAUGACUCUACCAAAUCGACUCUCGAUUUUGAGCCUGAUACUAUAUAUGCGCUCUCUACAGCCCCAGGCCGAGCUGGCAUAGCCAUUGUUCGCAUCUCAGGACCUUCCUGCCUCAAGAUAUAUGACACCCUCUGCCCCUCCAAGCCACCCCCAAAACCUCGACAUGCGACCCUCAGAACGCUGCACGAUCCCCUCAUCUCCACGUCGGCGUCCAACGUCCUCGACUCUGACGCAUUGGUCCUUUAUUUCCCUGCGCCAAACACCGUUACAGGCGAAGAGGUAUUGGAACUGCACAUACAUGGAGGACCAGCAACUGUGAAAGCGGUAUUAUCCGCUAUUCCACGAUGUGCUUCAAGGAAUACAAUCCGUUAUGCAGAACCCGGCGAGUUUACAAGGAGAGCAUUUCAGAACAACAGAUUGGACUUGGCGCAAGUAGAGGCACUGAGCGAUACCUUGUCAGCAGAAACUGAGCAGCAGCGGCGUGCUGCUGUGCGAGGCAAUUCCGGCAACCUGGGUCGCACGUAUGAGGCCUGGCGUCAGCAGCUAUUGUAUGCGCGAGGCGAGAUGGAGGCAUUGAUUGAUUUCUCAGAGGAUCAGCAUUUUGACGAGUCGCCCGCAGAGCUCCUAUCUAAUGUCACAGCCCAAGUCAAUGUUAUGCUAGGCUCUAUCGCUUCUCAUGUAUCUGCUAGUCAUCGCGGCGAAUUGUUGAAGAGAGGCAUCCGUAUUUCGCUCCUUGGACCCCCCAACGCGGGCAAGAGUUCACUGCUCAACCAAAUCGUCGGGCGAGAAGCCUCGAUAGUUAGUCAGGAAGCAGGGACUACGAGGGAUAUUGUGGAGGUCAAUCUUGAUGUCCGGGGUUACCUGUGCACCUUCGCUGACACGGCGGGACUGAGAACGGCAUCGACAACACCAUCAGCACAAGAGGCGAAUCCAGUGAUUGGAGCCAUCGAACAAGAGGGCAUCAGACGGGCCAAGGCGAAGGCAAGCGAAUCUGAUGUGAUCGUUGCCCUUGCUUCGAUUGAGUCGUCGUCUUCCCUGCAAGGCUGGGAAAUUCGAUAUGAUGCUGAAACGCUCUCGAUAGCGGCCAGGGCCCAACAGGCCCUUCUUGUGGUAAAUAAGUGCGAUACCGUAUCUUCAGAGACGCUAUCAGAUCUGCUUUCGAGCUUCAAACUUACUGCUUCGGCGUAUUUCUCGGGCAAAGCCGUCCCUUUGAUUUCGGUCUCCUGCCGAGACGCGCAGACAAGGCCAACGACUCGAGAUCCAGGCAACGUAGAUCAUUUUACUAAUCAACUCGUCUCUCUGUUCAAGGAUAUGACAAAUCUUCCACCUGACCUCGAAGAUCUUCUUGGCGUAACGGAACGACAAAGACAGCUUCUCUCCGCCUGCGCCUCUCACCUCCGAGACUUCACAUCUGAAGCCUCCAUAUCAUCCGACAAUGAAUGCGACAUCGUUCUCGCGGCAGAGCAUCUACGAUCUGCUGCAGACUGUCUAUCCCGCAUAACAGGAAAAGGCACAGCUGGCGACGUGGAGGAAGUGCUUGGCGUAGUCUUCGAGAAAUUCUGCGUAGGCAAAUAA